AUGAUGACCAUGGUGUUUGCGGUGGAUGAGAUUAACCGUAACUCAACCUUACUGCCAGGUGUGAGGCUCGGCUACAGAAUCCUGGACAGCUGUGACCACGUCCACACCAGCCUGAGAGGGGCGCUCUCCGUGGUCACUGGGAAGAGGACUGAGGAGCACAUAGAGGAGGGGGUGGAGGAGAGGAUGCCUGGGUGCCUGGCUGGAGCCCCUGUACCUGCUGUUGUCGGUCUAGCCUCCUCCACCCCUACAGGGGCUGUGGCUCACACCCUGGGCCCCUUCAACAUCCCAUUGGUGAGCUACUUUGCGACCUGUACCUGUCUGACAGAUAAACUCUCCUACCCCUCGUUCCUGCGGACUGUGCCCAGUGACCUGUUCCAGGUUCGGGGUUUAGUCCAGUUGGUGAGCCACUUCGGCUGGCGCUGGGUUGGCAUCCUGGGCACCUCGGACGACUACAGUCGCUAUGGCAUCCAGGCCUUUACCCAGCAGCUGAAGGACCAGGGAGGCUGCCUGGCGUUCCACCUCACCAUCCCCAAUUCUCCCUCCCCAGCUGGGCUACGUGCCAUGGCCGACACCCUGCAGAGCUCCAGGGCUCGCGUGGUGGUAGCCUUCGCUACAGAGGGCCAGCUGCUGGAGUUUCUCUCUGAGGGCACCCUGGGCUUCUCCUUCCCAGGAGUCAGUAUCCCUGGCCUGGGGGACUUCCUGCUGAAGGUCAGGCCCUCGCCCACACCGGGGUCUGAGUUCAUCAAUAUGUUCUGGGAAGAACUGUUUGGCUGCAAGUUGGAUUUUGGGGCGGGCAGCGGCUCCAAGGGUUCCGGGCUGACUGCUAUAUGUACUGGUUCAGAAGACCUGAGGGACACAGAGAGCAGCUACUCUGACGUGUCUCGGGUCAGGAUCUCCUAUAACGUGUAUAAGGCAGUGUAUGCUAUAGCCCACGCACUACACCAGCUGCUACAGUGUGACUCUACUGGACACGGACAAGCUCAGGACAAGUGCAACACCAGCACAUAUUUUACACCCAGACAGCUCUUACACCACCUGAAGAGGGUGAAUUUCACCAAUCAGUUUGGGGAGAAGGUGCAUUUUGAUGCCAACGGGGAGCCAGUUCCCCUCUAUGACAUUAUUAACUGGCAGAAGGUCAGCAGUGGAGAUAUCAAGUUCCAGAAGGUGGGAAGCUAUGACGGCUCUGCACCCCUCAGCCAACAAUUGCAGAUUGACGAGAGCGCCAUCGUGUGGAUAGGAGGGCAAUCACAGGUGCCAGUGUCUCUGUGCAGUGCCCCCUGCCCUCCUGGCAGCAGACAGGCCCGUCGUCCAGGAGAGCCUCCCUGCUGCUUCGACUGCCUGCCCUGUGCAGCUGGGGAGAUCAGCAACCAGACAGGUUCCAUAGACUGUACUAGAUGUCCUGAGUUCUACUGGUCAGACAGAGACAAGGUGAAGUGCGUCGCUGGGAUAGAAGACUUCCUGUCCUUCUAUGACACCAUGGGCAUCAUCCUGGUGUCACUCUCCCUGCUGGGUGUUGUCUCGACAACCACCGUCACAGCCAUCUUCCACCGUUUCCGGGCCACGCCCGUUGUCAAGGCCAACAACUCAGAGCUGAGCUUCCUGCUUCUCCUGUCACUCAAGCUUUGCUUCUUGUGCUCGCUGCUGUUCAUUGGACGUCCCUCUGCGUGGUCGUGUGGGUUCCGCCAGGCAGCGUUUGGGGUUAGCUUCGUGCUCUGCCUCUCCUGCCUCCUGGUCAAGACCAUCGUAGUGCUGCUGGCCUUCAGGGCCACUGUACCAGGCUCCAGUGCCCUGAUGAAACUGUUCGGACCUUCCCAGCAGAGGACACUGAUUCUCUGCUCCACCGCACCUCAGGUGUGUCUCUGUGCUGGCUGGCUCUCCAUGGCUCCUUCCAUCCCGUUCAGGAACUCUUCGUACCAGGGUCUGACUGGCAUGGUAGUGCUGGAGUGUAAGGAGCCCUGGCCCCCAGGGUUCUAUUUGGUGCUGGGCUACAUCGGCUUGCUGGCCUCUCUCUGUCUCCUCUUAGCCUUCCUGGGACGCAAACUUCCUGACACCUUCAACGAGGCCAAGCUCAUCACCUUCAGCAUGCUGAUCUUCUGUGCCGUAUGGAUCUCCUUCGUCCCUGCCUACGUCAGCUCUCCUGGGAAGUACACUGUAGCUGUGGAGAUAUUCGCCAUCUUAGCCUCUAGUUUUGGACUGCUGCUGUGCAUCUUUGCCCCUAAAUGUUACAUCAUCUUACUGAGACCAGAGAGGAACACUAAGAAAACACUAAGAAAGGGAUGA